CGUUGCCUGGCAACGGGUGUUGUGAUGAGGAGGGCCACCAGCAACCCGGUUCCAGUCCUGCAAGGGACAAGGAGGGAGGAAGGAGCCUGCUGGCUACGCCACCUUUUCUUUAUUGCUUUUGCUCAUUGCUUCUAUCACACCUUUUGUUUAGCCCAUUCGUCACCAAUUUUGCUCAUCCCAGACAGGCCCAACUGGGCAGGAAGGCUUGUGACAAAUCAGGGACAGAGUGUGUGCAGUCAUGGCAACAUCCCUGGACACACUCAGCCUCUCCCAGAUGCUGGAUCUCGCCAUCGAGAUGCCCCAGAAGGGAUCUGUUCACUUUGCAGCCAUGAAAAAACUGCUGCAGGCUGUGCUGGAGCACCUGGACGUGCAGUACCUGACCAGCCAGGAGCCGUGGACAGGCCAGCUGAGUGGCCCCUCACUUGCUGAUGUGGCCACUCACAUGGAAAAGAUGAAGAAAGAGAUGGAAGACUGCAAGAAACAGAUGUCUGAGCUUGUUCAUGAAGUGAUUGUUGGGAUACAGGCAGAGGUUUCCCACCUCUCAGAGGAUGUUAGGAAGAUGCAGAAGGCCCAGUCCUGCAUGUCAGAGGAAAUUAAGAAGAUCCAGGAGGAGGACAUGACUCUCAUCCAGGAUCUCCGUGAGGAGGUUGACAGGAUAAAAACAACCCAGAUCCGCAUGGAAGGAGACGUAAAGAAGCUUAAGGAGACUCCUGCCUUAAUUAAGAAGAUGGGAGAGGACCUUCAAAAGCUGAGGGAGGAUGCAGCCAAAUGGAAAGAAGAGAGCAGCAAGGAGAUCUCUCAGCAAAUUGACUUGGUGAUACAGGCGAAACUGGGGACCUAGAGGAUGAGCAGCAAGAGGGGAAUGGAGACUGCUCCAGUUGCACCUUCAACAUCAGAGUGUGCUUGGGGAAGCUCCUCCGGCGCUGUGAGAAACUCCAGGAGCAGGUGGAAUCCAUGGAGUCACGGCAGAUGGCCAUGGGAAAAUGCAACAAAAUGAUGAGGAAAUAUGUCCAGGAGCGGGAGCAAGACCAGAAGCGGCUGCACUACGUGGAGGCUACAGUUGUACAGAUGAAGGGAGACUGUGAGAAGCUCAGCUUUGUUUCUGGGACCCUGCAGAAAGACUCUCAACAAAAGCAGAAAGAAAUCGAGAUGCUGUUCCAGUCUCUGGAGAAGCUGCAGAAGGAGAAGGCAGAUCAGCAGGACAUGCUGGCAGCAAUGGACAUGGUACAGUCUAGAGAGGCCUCUGUACCAGCCCAGGGGUUCCUGGACAGGGUGACAAAUGCCUCUUGCCCUUGGGGGAUGGGGGGCAGAACUGGUGUGGGGAGGGAGAAUUUCCUGAGCUCAGGGGGUCCCUCACCCUCCAGAUGGUGGGACCAAGCUCACCAGGCUGACGGGGCAAAUGGGGCCACAGCAGCCUGAAAGGGCCAUGCUGGCCUGGGGGAAGCACUCCUCCCUCUCCCCUCACACACGCUGUAUCACCUGCCUGUCCUUCGUCAUCCCUUUCCCCACUGCUCUCCUGCCCUUCCCCUCUGCUAGAAGGCGGACAAAGCUGCCUUGGGCAGCAAAGUCAAUUGCAGCCAGUUUGAUGUCACUAUGGAGCGUCUGGAUGAGAGGAUGCAGGAGUUGCAGAGCCAGAUUUCAGGCCAGGAGCAGCACUGGAACAAUACGCAGCAGCAGCUCAGCCUUCUGGAGGAAGAGAAGCUGGAUCGCCUGGAGCUGAAGACUUUCAGUAACCAGAUGGAGGAGAACUGGAACAGGAACAUGGAUGAGCUUGAGAAUAGGCUGAGGCGUGAAAAUGCUGCUGGAUAUAAGAAGUGAGUGUGAUGGAGAUUCUGAUGGCUUUGGGGACAGCAAUGGUCCCAUUCCCUCCAGCAACUGCUCCUCGCAGGCAGGGCU